AUGUCUUUGCUGCAGGACUAUCAUAACCUCUGUGCGACCGCCUUCAACUCCAAAGUCCAGGAGUUGGAUCAAUGUAUCGUUGACUUGUCGGAGAGCCGGAAAGCCAACGCCACCCUGCAACAGCGGCUGGGAGAAGCCAACACCGCGUUGUGCGCCAAGGAGGCGGACUGCAACAAGCUGGCCGAGGAGCGUGACCGGCUGGUCACGCAGCUGGCGGAGCAGGCGGAGCUUCUCAAGAAGGCCCAGAAGGAUGCGGAAGACAAAGAGACCGGCCUCCUUGCUGAGUUCGCGGCCGAACGCUCCGCCUGGACCGACAAGGAGGCGAUGCUGACUGCCAGCCUCGCCGAGGUUGAAGACAUGGUCGACGACUUCUUCCCGGGUCACUCUGGCGCUGCCAACCAGGCUAUCGAGGCCGACCGCGAAGGACGGAGGGCGGAAGGCGAGCAGAUCGCUGCUGACGCCCCCCCGCACUUUUGCAUCUUCGUCCCGGAGCUGGCCGAGAACGGUGCCGAGGCGCCACCGGAGUGGUUUGGGCUGGACCCGGAGGAUGGCGAGGACUCGGACGAGGUGAUCGACUCCAACGACGAGGGAGAAGACGAAGAGGAUGAGGAAGGUGAAGAGGAGGCGCCAGAGGUCGGAGCGGACGACCAGCCUCAAUUCGACCGCGCCUCCAGCAACGAGCCGCGCCCGAGCGAGCCGGCUGCUGCUGAGGGCGACCAAGCGGAGACCGACCAGCCGGCCUCCCAACCAGCCGGCACCACCGACUCCACCAUUCCGCCGACUCCGUCUGCUGCUUCCUAG